AUGGGAAAGAUCAUCUUCUACGAGGACAGGAACUUCCAGGGCCGUUGCUAUGAGUGCAGCACCGACUGCGCCGACCUGCACUCAUACUUCAGCCGCUGCAACUCCAUCCGGGUGGAGAGCGGCUGCUGGGUGUUAUACGAGCGCCCCAACUACAUGGGCCAUCAGUACGUGCUGACCCGCGGCGAAUACCCAGAGUACCAGCGCUGGAUGGGCUACAACGACAGCAUCAAGUCCUGCCGCUCCAUCAAAAAUGUCUAUGGAAAUACCUAUAAGAUCAGACUAUAUGAGAGACCGGACUUUGGAGGCCAGAUGGUGGAGCACACGGAGGACUGCCCAUCAGUCCAGGAUGCCUUCAGACUCCGAGAGGUCAACUCCUGUGUGGUGAUGGAUGGUGCAUGGGCCUUCUAUGAGCAGCCCAACUACAGGGGACGCCAGUACUUCCUGGAGCGCGGAGAGUACCGGAAGCACACAGACUGGGGAGCCAGCUCACCAACCGUAGGCUCCUUCCGCAGGAUAACCGAAUUCUAG